UUUCCAUUUCAUUUUCAAUUCCACCUUAGAAUCAAAAACCCUCUUCUCUGCUUGUUAUCUCUCUCACGUGUUCCAUCGUAAAUCCCUUUCAACCUCACUCGUUAACUCGCUCACUCACUCACUCACUCUCUCCGUUUUCGCUCCUCCGAUAUUGCCGCCGGCGGGAACUAACCGUCAAUUCCGAUAUCAUUUCAUCGGAAUUUCCUCCGAUACCAACUUCCAAGGGUUCAAUUCAACAGUUUUGAAGAAUAAGGGUUAGGUUAUCUAUGGCGAACCCAUCUGGGACUGGUAACCAUCAGGAACAACAUACUCAUGUCAAUCCUUCUUCUUUUAACGGCAAUUCGGCUCCCGAGAGUUCUUCAGGUCUGGUCAUGAACAUGAAGCAUAAUCCAGGGAUAUCCCUUGAUUGGACGCCUGAAGAACAAGCCACCCUCGAAGAUGGCCUCUCAAAAUAUGCCUCAGAAUCUAACAUAGUACGCUAUGCAAAGAUUGCACAACAGCUAAAUAACAAGACAGUCCGGGAUGUGGCUCUGCGUGUCAGGUGGAUGAAUAAGAAGGAAAACAGCAAGAGAAGGAAGGAUGAUCACAAUUUGUCCCGAAAAAGUAAAGAUAAAAAGGAAAGGGUUUCUGAUCCCGCAGCAAAAUCAUCUCAAUUUUCUGCUCGACCCAAUGUCCCUCCAUAUGCGCCACCAAUGAUUACAAUGGACAAUGAUGAUGGCAUCCCAUAUGCAGCAAUUGGAGGCCCUACUGCUGAGCUAUUAGAGCAAAAUGCACAGGCCUUGAGCCGAGUCUCUGCAAACAUUUCCUCUCUCCAGAUACAGGACAACAUCAAUCUUUUGUGCCAAACUAGAGACAACAUCAUUAGAAUAAUGAAUGAGAUGAAUGAUUCACCUGAGGUGAUGAAGCAAAUGCCGCCUCUUCCUGUGAAGAUGAAUGAAGAACUGGCGAAUUCCAUACUUCCACUUCCAAGAACACCUCUCCAGCCUCAGUCAUGAUGUUUUUUAUUCAUCGUUAACUGGCUUGCCUCUUCAUUGUUUCUUUCUUGGAAAAAAGAAGAAAGAAUGAAUAAUUGUUGAUAAUCGUCAAGUUGAAUUAGUUUUCAUAAUUUUUUCCUUUCCAGAUGUUAGAGGUAUUGUUCCCUUGUUUGGCUCUAACUUAGUAGUGCAAUAGGAAUUAUUUUGUAUUCAUGGUAUUAAUUUAUUUAAAUUUAAGCAAUAAGAGCAAUAAGUUGUGGUAUAA